AUGGCACAAUCCGAAUUCAAGCGGAAGCGUUCCCGUGUUGCAUGUGAGCCAUGCCGGGAGCGUAAACGAAAAUGCGAUGGCGCCGAGCCUUGCACCACUUGCAGUCAAUGGGGCUAUGACUGCUACUACGAACGUCAGCCACGACAGAGGCACCAUGCUCCCCAACAGCCCCGAAGAGGAAUUACACCGACGUCAGGGUCUCCACAGCAGAUCAAUUCAGUGGAUACACAUGGGCUGGAUCGUCGGUUGUGGGCAAACUCCGGCGCUGCAUUUGUUCGGAGGAUGGGCCUGAAUAUCGAUCCUGCGAAAGCGCCAAAACUCAGCCUAUUUGGUUGGAAUAUUGGAAAGCGGCAACUGUCAUCCGAAUCUCAGCCUGUUUACCCUGUACUGUUAAUCACGGAUAUCACAUCCUUAGAACACAUGAGGGCCCUCGCUCAGAUCUACUUCGCCAAGAUUGGUCCAUGCUAUGGUUUUAUUGAUUCUUCUCAAUUUUUUAAGCGACUGGAGGCUAGGUGGCAGCCUCCCAUGGUUAGUGGUCUAUAUGACAGUGUUCUUGGUGGCGUCGCUGCACUAGGUUGUCUGUUUUCCCAACGAAACAUGACCAUCACCGAAUUACAUCUCCUCGGAUCGGCACUUUCUAUUCUCGAUUCGCACGUUCUGAGUGGCGCUCCUCCUGUGGACCUUCUCAUUGGAUGGACAUUACGGGUCAUCUACAUGCGAAUGACAGACCUGCCUCACUCAACAUGGAUCGCGAGCUCGAAGUUGAUGCAUCUGGUGGAAGCUGCGGGAUUCCAUCUAGAGUCAAAUGAUUCAGUCUUUCCGCGCAGUGUUGACACAGAGUUUGAUCCAAAUAUUCAAAGACGACUCUUCGGCGUGGCACUACAUCUUAAUAUGUGGACAUCUUAUGAUCUUGGUUUGUCAAGAGUGUCCUUUCAGAAGAAUGAUUUGCCAUUACUUCCAUCAACUAUCGACGGUGAUUUCACGCACGAGCUGCUGGAACUCAUUCCAUUGUCGGCGAGCCUAGACCCAGGAAAGCCAAAGGAAGAUGAGAUUAAGCUGGAAGAAACGCUUUCGCAGAUCCUAGAAAGAGUCCACAAUGAGCCUCCCUCAGCCAUGGCGCAAUGCAAUCUUGUUCUUUGCAUUCUGCGGAGAAUCCACACAGAGAAACUUGAAAUCUCCCCUCGCCUCGCAGAAAAAGCCCUAGCGUUGCUGAAAAAGGGACUUGGUUGCUCACGCACUAUGGCCAGCACCUGCAAUCCCUGGCAGCACAUGGCAAACGUACCUUUUCACACCAUAUGUGUCUUGCUUGUGAUGGACACACGUCAAUCGCUAGCGAUGCUCCCCGAAGCAAUGCAGACAUUGAAGUUUGUCGCGUCCAUUUAUGAUACAAACACCAUAAGAGAAGCCUGGAGUGCGGCUCUCUUACUAGUUAUGCUUCAUCAACAGCGGAGGAAGGAUGACCUUGCCAUCUUCAAUAACAUCAUGAACAUGGAGGAGCAAGAAGGUCCACCUGGACCGUCCGCGCAGGAAUUUCCGAGCGCGGAAGAGUACUCAUGGCUAGGGGCUUUGGUCGCUGAUCUACCCGGUUUGCAGAGGGAUGACCUUGAUCAAUUUCUGAAUUCGGAUAUGAUUGAUAGUUCAAAUUUCUUAGGUGGAGCUGCAUGA